AUGACUGUAACUAAAAUUGUUAGUAAAAAUGAAUUUGAAGGGAUUAUAGGAAAAUAUCCUUAUGUCAUUGUCAACUUUUAUGCUGAAUGGGCUAGUCAGUGUGCUCCAAUGAAUUCAGUUUUGGAUGAAAUGGCUAAAUUAGAUCAUUAUAAAAAAAUUCAUUUUGCCAAAAUCGAAGCAGAAGUUGUUCCCGAAGUUUCAGUUCUAUAUAAAAUCUCUGCAGUUCCAACCAUAUUAAUAUUUAAAGAUGGUGUACUAGCAGAGACUGUAAACGGAGCCAAUCCUGCUGAAUUAAUGACCAAAUUAAGUAACAUUGCUAAAAUAAGCCCAAUAUCUCUAUCGACCAAUAUCAAACCAGUCGGAGAUUCUUUAGAUAACAGAUUAAAAAUGUUAAUUAAUUUAGCAGACGUCAUGAUUUUUAUGAAAGGAAAUCCAUCUAAUCCUAGAUGUGGAUUUAGUAGAACAUUAAUCGGAAUUAUGAAUGAGACAAGAGUUCCUUAUCAAACAUUUGACAUAUUAAACGAUGAAGAUGUUCGUCAAGGUUUGAAAAAAUAUUCAAACUGGCCUACAUAUCCUCAAGUAUAUGUCAAAGGUGAACUUGUCGGUGGAUUGGAUAUUAUUCAGGAACUACACAAGAAUGGAGAACUCAUGUCGAUAUUACAACCCAAGUAA